UCCUCCUAUCCUCUUGUCGCAUAUUGAUCCAGCCGCUAGCAGAUCGUUAGCUUUUGUGUCAGUAUGGUGUCUGCGGUGUGUCAGUGUUUGUCCGUUGUUUCUGGCUAAAGGUAUCCGGCACUUGGUGGCUUUAAUGUUCCGUGCAGCUAAUCUAAAAACCAUCGGCAAAGCGGGAACUGGCUGGCACUUUCGCCGGACGAUGGACGAGCUGGUCCAUGACCUGGUGUCAGCAUUAGAGGAGAGCUCCGAGCAAGCUGCCCGUGGUGGUUUCGGCGAUGGGGGGGACCACGCGCUGGCCGUGGGCUGCCUGCUGAAGAGACAGGCCCGCAAACGGAGGGGUAGGAAGAGGCGCUCGGACAACCCGCACCCGCCCUGGGAGACGGGCCACCUGAGCGAGGGAUCGGAGUCCAGUGUGGAGGAACAUAAGGACUACCGUGCCAGUACGGGAGGCGUCUCUGCAGCUAACAGCCAUGCCCGUGACAACAGCGACUCGGAUGAGCAGCUUGGCCCCAAACGGCGAACCCCGCACACAGACAUGGGACGGAGCAAGAGGCCCCUUUGGCCGGACGACCUGGGCGUCCUGGGGUGCGUGGAGGGAACUCGAAGCCUCAGGCGGCGACGUAAGGUGAAACGAAUGGCUGUCGACCCCCCCGCAGAACCGGAACCCCCCUCCUGCACGAUGCUCGGGCCGCCGCCCGUGCCCAAAGCCAGAGCUGGUGGCAGGCCGCACAGACUGGGGGCGAGCGAGGGCAGGGUCGCCAUGGAGCUCUGUGUGGGUGGCCUGGUAGGGUCAGGGGGAGGGAAGAACAGGGUGAAAAAGAGGAAACUGGCGCCCCACAGGCUGGGACUGGAAGCUGCGGAUGAGGGAGUGGUGGUCGAAAGUGAAGACCCCAUCUCUUCUCCGAUGGAAGGGUCCAAGGACAAGAUGGAGCUGGAGGAGCAGAAGGGCUCGGACGAAGACAUGAGUGACAGGUGUGAGACCAGCAGUGUCAGUAACAGCAGUGACGGAGGCCUCUAUACUAACGACGAGGGAAGGCAAGGGGACGACGAACAGAGCGACUGGUUCUACGAGGGUGAGCCGGGGUCCGGAUCGGGACCCGGCGGUGCCUGCGGGAUAGCAGGAGUGGUCCCCUGGUGGGAGAGGGACACCGGGUCCGAGGAGCUGGACCUGGCUGACCCCGUCUUCAACAGCAUUCUCACUGGAUCCUUUCCGCUCAUGAGCCCCGGAGCACAAAGAGGCUUUCAGGCCAGGUUGAGUCGUCUCCAUGGAAACCAGCAGGCGUCAGAUGCAGGGCUGCAGGGAAGCUCCAGCCAGGGUUUCAAUGAGAGGCUGGCCAGGCAAACCCAGGACUCCCACGAGCCUUGGUUUAGCUCGGGCUCGAGGAGGGAGCACGGACAGCUGCACUGGGACCCGCGGACGGACAGAGGACAUCGGAGGAGCUGUUCGGUGAAAACAGCCAGCAGACAGACCAGCGGGCACCUCGGCUCUCUAUGUACGGGGGAUGUCAAGCGGAGGCGAAAAGCAGCCCCCCUCGGUUCCACGGCGCCCCCAGGAGUGGUCGGGGAGAACGCGCCUCCCAUCCCUGACAACAACAUGGGGAGCCGCAUGCUGCAGAGCAUGGGCUGGAGCCCGGGUAUGGGCCUGGGUCCGGAGGGUAGAGGCAUCACCGAGCCCAUCCGGGCCACCCAGAGACCCAAAGGCACCGGUCUGGGCUUCAACUAAAAACUCCCAGGGUCUGGAUCCCGAACCUGACGCAGUCCAGGACGAGAUGCCCCAUCAAAGAGGGGACGUAUGAGACUCUCCUCAGGGUGAUGGGGGGUUGAAAAAAAAAAAAAAAAAAAAAGUUCCAGAGUAAUUUAAGCAUGUGAGAGUGCAAGAACAUAGACUCGUCAUAGCAGCAGAGUCUGUGAUGAAAGGAGAACUUCCCCAUAUUGGGGAAGCCGCAAGAAGCCCGACACAUCAACACGGACUCCCUGACACGUGAGAGCGGAGAGUGUUGGAACUGAGCCGGGUAAAAGACGUCUUGCGAACACGUCCUCUCAAGAAACUCCACGUUGUAGACAAUGACGCCUCGUCUCAUCUGUUACCUCAGACGCCAUCGUUACAGGCCAGACAUCUGAGGUAUUGUUGACUAUAAAGUGAGCGCGGUGCUUCAGGGUGCGCCAACAGUGGCGGCGCGGUUUGUUUCCAGUCAGCGGCGUCGCGUUGGGAACGAAUGAUGAAUGGUUUUGUCCCAUAUUGCACAAGAAUGUUUAAAUCAGAGCUUUGAGUCGGCCAUACCUCAAGAUUUAUUUUUAGGUUCCUUUUAUUGUAAUGAAGUUAGGGCACGCUGUAUUGAUGCUCUUGGGGAUGUGAAUGUUGUUCCCUGUCCAUUUUUUAUUUUUCGUUUAGCGGAAGGAGUCAUGAAGAAUGUUUUUAUCUCCGUAAAGCCGCAGCGCUCCCCUUCGUCCAGCACCACUACGCACGUUCUGCCGAUUUUUACUAAGAAAACACACAUUUGUGCACGCGAGGAGAAGUCUUGCUUUUCUGUCCCGUUUUACCAGGUAUUAUUUGAGGGUUUGUAAAACUCAUCGCAAACGGACUGCAGCGUUUAACCACGCUCAGUGACAAAGUGACAGGUUACAAGAGUUUCGGUGUUCCCAAGCAGGUUUAGUAAGAAAAGGGGAUAUUGCUGUCGUACACAUUUAAAGGCCCCACAUACGGGUGUUUUCACUUCCCUUCCUUGAUUAGACUUUUUCUCAGGACUGUGGGGAAGUACAGACCGUGGCCGACAUCUAAUCUCAGAAGUGAAAACACCUGACACCAGACGGGACGCGAUAUGUCAAAUAUGUUCUUUUUGUUAUUUUUUAAAUUAGUAGUAAACCCAUCUCUGUUCGCCUGAUUGGGACGUUGGGACUCUUCAUUUCAACUGUCGGACCAUUUAGCUCGUUAGCGUAUUUUCCAUUCGUAGAUUGCUGUGAAUAUAGAUUUAAUAUACGUUUUCAUACACCUGGGAGGGGAAAAAUGUGAAAACGAGACUUAGAAAUUGUGCAGAAAGACGUACUGUAGCAAUACUGUUUUCCUCUAAACAUCUUGGCUUUUAACCACGAUGGAAUUCAUGGCAAUGUUUUUGUUUCCACACCCCGUCUGGGCCAAGACCGGUUAAGAGAAACGUGAGCUGAGAGUUGAGUGACAGAAAAACGUGUAAUAAACAUGAAGACUGUCAAAACUA